GGAAAAAUAAAAGUUGAAAGUCGCCUCCAGUUCAGUUGUAACUUCGAGCGCGACGCAACGGUCGCGUCAAACGACAAGCCGAUCUAUCGAGAAGUGCCUAAACUAACUAACGAAGAUUAAAAGUGCCUUGUGUGAAAGUGUAGAAUCAGUGUAUUUUAUAGUAAAAUUUUUCGAGUGCUUAUUCUGUGAAAUAUCAAGAUGGAAGUAAGGAGAUUGGCGAUGUUCAUAAUGUUCUUGGAGCUAGCGGCGAUGUCACAAUGUUCAGCACAUGCCAUGCAUCGUCGUCAAGCUGAAGAUGAAGUGAACUUCGAGGACCCUCAGGCCGAUGAAGGGUUUGACGAGUUCGGUGGUGAAGAAACCCAAAAUGACACAGGUGAUAGUCCCGCAGCGCAACGUGUGGAACCAGCCUCCAUUUCAACACUACCCACUACAUACAAAAUAGAAGCGGGGAAAAGUGCCAGACUAGAAUGUAACGUGCAACCGGACUCUGCUGUCGUCCAAUGGUGGAGAAAUGACGAGCUAUAUUUCAUGGGAAAUGCAAAACUCAAAUACGGCCUGACAAAAAUUUCUAUUGUACCAAACUCCAAGGAUUUGCUGAUCAAGGACGUGAGCGCUACGGACGCCGGCGUGUACCGAUGUGAGAUUGUCCAGGAUACACCAGUUAGCAUCAACCACACUCUAGAAGUAUUACAGGCUCCGGUUAUAGAGAAUUUGACAGCUACCAAUGGCGGGUAUGUGGUGGAAGGAUCGAAUCUCCUGCUGACUUGCAACGUCCACGCUACUCCAGCACCUCAGAUUAUGUGGUCCAGGGAAGUUGCGAAUGUCAACGAGCGACUUCGCGAGAACGACGGAGAAUUCACCGGGAACAGUCUCUACAUCAAGAACGUGAAACGAGAGGAAUCCGGGAAGUAUUACUGCUAUGUGUUGAACGCGCUGGGGCAUACGCAGGCCGAAAUAGAUGUCCAUGUUGUUGGGAAACCACGCGUCCACGUUCACAAGACCAGAGUGAACUCGGCCAUCAACAUCGAAGCGGUAUUGCAGUGCACAGCUCACGAGGAACCAGACCUUCACAUGCGGUGGUACAAAGACGGCAAACUGAUUGAGGAUAUCUCCACGCAGUACACCAUCUCCACUAACGGUCACCACUCCAAUUUGACUGCCACGCCCCUAACGUCAGUGGACUUCGGAACUUUCACUUGCGAGGCGGAAAAUCUUCAUGGCAAGCACAACAGAUCCAUUGAGCUUGUACAAAGCCCCGUGGUUGAAGACGUUUUAGCCGACGGACCCAAGGUCUCGUGGACGGUUCAGUCUCACCAGCCUCUCGAAGAAUUGGAGCUUCAACUUAAGCCUCUCAAUGCGGCCGGUUCCAGCUGGAUACGCUACAAUGUGCCGCUACCAAAGCCGAAUGGUCACCGUUACGAGAUCGUGCACAGAAUAGAGAACGACGUCAAGGCCGGGAAAUACGAGGUCAUGGUGAAGGCCAGAAACACCCACAGCUGGGGCAGCGCCCCUGAACCCGUAACCGUCGAUGUCGAAGAAUCGAGCAUCCGGUCUGCUUCAGUUUUCGGCGGCAACUUGAGCAACGGUAACUCCAAUCGUUUCACCUCCUCGAUCCUGUCUUCAUUCGUGAUGUAUCUCUUAGUCCGGAUGUUUUAAUCUAACAACAGCCCUAGCCUAACUUAUUUAUUGUUAGUAACUAUUAAAAUAUAUUCCCGUUUAUCGGGUAUGUUUUUUUUUUUCUUACACUUCGUAGCUUCUUGCGCUGUUGUCCUUUGUCUAGUUUCUAGCAUGCUGUUAAAAUUACGAAUAUCGCUUUUUUUUAAAACGCUAUUUCACUUUGUGGUUUGACGUUUCGGGUUUUCUAAACGUUCGCUGUAAUUCGAACUGUCAGUGUACGUCAAUGUCAAAUCUGUCAAACCGAUGUCAAGACAGAAUGUAUUUUAGUCUGGCGUGUCAUAAUAAAUACAUACCUAUUCCCCAAUUUAAAACGUUCAGCCCAUGAAAUACGAAUAAUAAUGGAUGUUUUUUUUUCUCUUAAUCGAAAAAAAUAAAUUACGCUUCGGUUUUAUUCGGGAUCUAGCUCCCUUCAUUUUCAACAAUCUUAUUAAUGUACAGUAAAUAAGGAAUAUUUUAUUUUAAUUGAUAUAAUUUAAGAAACGAUGAGAAUGCAAUGCUACUUAAUCGGGAAAGAUGACCACUGAAAAAUUCCGUAUUUAUAAUGUUAACAAAAAAAUAAAACACUAUGCAUUUUCACGAAACAGCUUUUAUUUUGAUUAGAAUUAUUUAAUUAAAUUAAUAGGCGAACCAUUUUUUUAUGUUUAUUUAUACAUAAUAUAUUAUGUAAAUACUUUAUUAUUACUUUGAUUUGUUCUAUUGAAUGUUAGUUUUAAUUUUUAUAUAGGCGAAAACAUUGUGUACCUAAAAACACACAAAACUGGACAAAAAAAAUCUAACGUUUUUUUUAAAGUUUAUUAAAAUUCAUGAUAAUCUCUAAAAUCAUUUAAUGUACUAAGCAUUUACUAAACAAACGAUUUUAUCAUCAUUCAAAACAAUUUAAUUAUAAAUAUUCAUAAAUUACAUUUUAAAUGACGUGUAUCGUAAUUGUUUUAAUAUAUAUAAUUAGUUCUUCUCAUUUAGUUUUUAAUAGAAGGUAAUUAUUACCAAAGCGUAUUUAAGAAUCACAUAUUAAUUUUUAGUCUGUAAACAAUAACAAUGUCAACAAGGAGGACCGGGCCGAACUCGACGUGUCUGAAAAAAAAUCUAUGUAAAGUUUUUUUUUUUACACGAAAUUAAUUGAAUUAACAAAAUUAAUUGUACUUAAAUUUUCGAUAGAGAGCUCGGAUAAUUAUUAAUUUAAAAUUUCUAUGUGCUACAUUGAUUAGUUCAGUUUCCGUAAGCAAGCCGUGCCUUAUCAAAAUCUAUGGUGUUGCAUGAGGCUGAUAUAAAAAACUGACUCGAUAUAAAUCAAUGGUCAACAUUAAUACCGUCGCACGAAAUCGUUUUAGGCAAAAUUUUAAACAGUAAUUGGCAACACCGUUAUAAAAUUAUUCGAAA